AGUAGUAAACGCAUGGAACAGACUGCAGCGAAGGUAGUUUCAGCCCGGACUGUAGUGCAGUUCAAGGCCAGGCUAGACAAGAAAAUUUCAGAGAGGGCUACUGACAGUGGUCAAACUUCGGAGGAUUGGUCACUGAUAUUGGAAAUAUGUGACACUAUCAAUGAGACUGACGAAGGACCAAAAGAAGCAGUCAGAGCUAUUCGGAAGAGAAUAACUUCAUCUGCUGGAAAAGAUCAUGUUGCAAUAUGGUAUACGUUAAUCCUCUUAGAAGCCUGCAUUAAGAAUUGCGGAAGAAGGUUCCAUUCUCAAAUUGCUUCGAAGGAGUUUCUACAUGAUUUUCUCAAAUUGCUUUCUCCGAAGAAUGAACCAUCUCAACAAAUGCAAACUAAGGUUUUAUCAAUGAUUAAGACAUGGGUGGACUGCGGAUGGGAUGUUCCUGGAAGAAGGGAUCUUGAAAAAGUAUACACGAGUCUCCGACAGCGCGGGAUUCAAUUUCCUUCUCAUCCGGUUUCAAGUGAAGUCUUCCGCUACAGAACGAAUUCUGUGAGUUAG